CACAAACAAAAUAAAUCGUCGGUAAUUCGCCGAUUUGGAAAGAAAUGGCCACGACGGAGCUGCCGGCGACGCCGACGACGACCGAGCCGGAGAAGGACGCGGUGCUGCCGGCCUUCCUCAGCAAGACCUUUGAGAUCUUCUCGCGCUCCGACUUUAGCCACAUCUGCGGCUGGAAUCCCGCGGGCGACACGAUCAUCAUCCACGACCCGGACGUGUUUGUCAAGCAGGUGCUGCCCCGCUUCUUCAAGCACCGCAACCUGCCCUCGUUUGUGCGCCAGCUCAACAUGUAUGGCUUCCACAAGAGCGUGCUCGACUCGAACAAGCGCGAGUUCCGCCACAAGAUGUUUUUGCGCGACAAGCCGCAGCUCUUGCACCAGAUCAAGCGCAAGGUCAACACGUCGGCCGCGCCGACCGCCGCCGCCGCGGUCGUCGACGCCAAGGCGCGCAACGAGUGGAGCGAAGAGAUCCUCAGCGAGAUGAAGUCGCUCAAGUCCAAGAGCGACCUCAUGGAGAAGCGGCUCCGCGACGUCGAGAUUGACAAUGCCAUUGUUCGCAGCGACAACAUCAAGCUCUGGAAGCAGCUCGAGACCGCCAAGGAAAAGCAGAUGAUCAUGCAAGAGAAGAUGAAGAAGAUCUUUUGGGUCCUCUUCCAGAUCUACCGCGGCAAAGGCGGACAAAUGGCCAAGCUCGCCACCGACCAGAACGGCGCGAUUCUCACCGACGAUUUGGUGGCCAACGCCAGCCGUGCGGCGCCCAAGGAGUUUCUCGACGUGCUCCGGUACCUUGCCAUGGACGAUGCGCCCUUGCUGCAGGACGCCAGUGCGAUCAGCGCCGCCACCGACAAGCUCCAGCUGCCAAAGACAAGCAGCAAGAAACGCAAGUUUGUCGAAGUGCCCCCGCUUCCUGCGAUUGCGGCUGCGACGCCUGUGCUCUCGGACAAGCUCUUUGACAUUCCGUCGACAGCAGGUCGCGAGUCGACGACCAACCUCCUCCUCGGCCCGUCCGAGCCCAAGCGCCUGGCGAUCGACCGCGGCGUGAAGGCGCCCAAGGUGGCCAAGGCGACGAACGCACUCAGCCUCUUCUCGCCGCCGACCGCCUUUCCCAACUUGGAAAAGUCGCACAGCUUUGACAUGCGUCUGCCGGACGGCGUCGAGAUGAGCCCCGACAUGCUCCUGGGCCACGGCGACGACCUCAUGUUUCACGGCGACAUCAACUUCAACGACGCCGACGCCGAGUCCAUGUACCACUACCUGAAGCAUGUGCCGAUGGCUUCUGGUGUCUUCAACCGACUCGAUGACAUUGAGAAGAACUUGCUGCACGAGUACGACGCCACGUCGCUCGAUUCACUCCUCGAGGAAUUUUCCUCGGCCGAUGCGACUGCGCAGAAAGAUCCGAGCACCAGCGCGGACCUCGCGCUCUUGCCGUGAUGGCGGAUGCUGUCGUCGUGCCCAUUUUUAUUUCCUAUCCUAAUUAUAUCCCAAACAAGACCUAGCCCUCGUUGUCGCGUGUUGUCUGUUUGAUAUUCUGUAUUGGC